AUGCAGGGCACUGAUGCCCUCGCCAAGGCGUUUUCUAAUGAUGCUUGGGCGAAGUCGACCGAGUUCGAGGACCAAUACAUGCGCGUGACGCCUAGCAUCGAGACCGCCUCCGAACGCCUUUCCUGGCUUAACAAGGCCGCGUUUGUUGGAAAGGGGAAAUUGGAUGUCACGCCUGAGGGCACACUUGUCGUCUACGAGUGCUUCAAGGUCGACUAA